AUGACCCCAAUCUCUAAGGCCAUCACCCUUACGUUCGCCAUCUUUGUCGUCUCUGGAUUGGCCACCACUGCCAAAAACUGCGUCCUCGUAUGGAAGACCGUCACCAAUGUUGCCUGGGAGACUGUGGAUGUGUCUACAGCUCUCUUUCCUGACCGGGCCACUACGAUCGCCGAUACUGAAAUCUUCCCCACUGCCACCGUUGCUGCUCAGAUCUUUGAGGAAGAGGAGGCUACAAUAUCUACCUCCGUUACAACCCUAGCUCCAACCAAGCAGGGCAUCACCACUAGUGUUGAACCGGUUGUCCAGGCUGCUAGCUCCAGCAUCUUUUGGCUCCAUACGACGAACGCUGUGGAGCUCCAAAGGCUCUUCAAUCUGUUGGUUCUAUUUUGA